CGCAUCGAAGCAGCAUUUCCCUUGAAAAAAAGUUAUUAAUUAUUAACAAAGUUAAAGAAGGGAAGGUACGAAAAAAGAUAUUGCUAAUCAGUUUGAAAUACUUCCCAGCACUUUAUCAAAUAUUCUAAAAAAUAAGGAAAUGAUUGAAGAUGCGACAAUUAGCGUAAAACGUAAAAGGCUUCGAACUUGCCAGUUUGAAGAUAUUCCUUUCUUCCUUUAUCUGGAACAAUAUUGAAGCAAAAGGCCAAGGAUUUUGCUGAAGCACUAGGACACCAUGAAUUUGAGGCAAGUACAGGUUGGUUAGAUAAGUUCAAAAAACGCCAUGGUAUUGUUCAAAAAACGUUAUGUGGAGAAAGUGCUGACGCCAACCUACAAAAUCGCUAAGAAUGGGUAAUGAACGUUUUACCAAGAUUGAUUGAAAAUUACAACGCAAACGACAUCUUAAAGCCCGAUGAGACUGGAUUGUUUUUCAAAUGCCUGCCAAAUAAAACACUGACAUUCAAAAAUGAGCAAUGCUUUGAAGGAAAACAAAGCAAGGAGAAAAUAACUGUCAUGGUGGGAAGCAAUAUGACUGGAUCGGAAAAACUUAAAUUGCUUGUAAUCGGAAAGGCGAAGAAUCCGAGGUGCUUUAAGGGAGUAAAAUCGUUAGAUGUCGAUUAUGAGUUUAACAAAAAAGCAUGGAAGACCAGUGAGAUUUUUACCAAAUGGAUUCUAAAGCUGGACAAAAAAAUUGGUAAACAAGACAGGAAGGUUUUACUUUUUGUUGAUAACUGCACUGCGCACCCUAGAGAUGUAAAAGACAAGCUAAAAAACAUUCAGCUUGCUUAUUUUUCUCCCAACAUGACUUCGUUACUGCAACCAAUGGACCAAGGCAUUAUCUACAACAUGAAACAACAUUACAGAAAACGUAAUUUAACGAAUAUAUUGGCUCAGCUGGAUGGGGGAACUUCUGUUUUUACCAUAGACUUACUCCACGCUAUUCGAAAUUUAAGCUCUGUAUGGGAUGUCUAUGUUAAACCAGAAACAAUUCCCAACUGUUUUAGAAAGGCAGAAUUUUCAAAAGAUGCCAUGCAGAAUCCAUCUGAGCAGUGGGAUGAAGAAGACCUUUCAAUAGCGGAUUUGGUUGCUUUGCAGUCUUCAUUUAAAAAAGUGACAAAUAUCGAGGCAUCAUUUGAGGACUAUGUCAAUGUUGAUAUUGAUGUGCCGAUCUCGGAAAACCCCUCCGAGGAAGAUAUCCUUAGCAGCGUUCUAGAAAGUCGCGGAGUUCCAGCUGUACCUGAUAUCGAUGAAGUCGAUUUGGACACUGAAGAAGAAAUGGCAGAUACUGAUGAGGCAUUACCUACAUUAGGACAAGUUUCUUCUUCCAUUAACUGUAUUAGAACCUUUGUGGAGAUGAAAAUUGACGUACCGAUUAAUGUUUUUAACUGUCUAAAUGAUUUGGAAGCUUUUGUUGAAAAUGAAAAAUGGAAGAAUGUAAUUCAAACCAAACUUAGAUAUUGA